AGAGGAGCCGGUUGGUUCGGGUGAGUGGCAGCAAAGGGCGAGUGAGAGAGCGACUUAAUCUCAUCUUCCACUCGCCCGUCUCAUUGGUUUCAUCGACCUUCUCCCACCCUCUUCCACCCGCCCCCUGCAACUCCCUCCUAUUUCCUUCAUUCCCCCAUUGACGGACCCUCCUAAGCGCUCUCUCUUGAACCACAAUGGCUUCCUCGGUCACUUCAGCUUCAGCAGUCGCAAAGCCCACCUGCCCAUCUCUUGCUCGCUGCUGUAUCAACCACAAGAGCUCUCAUUGCGCCCUGUCUUUUCGGCUCCCCCACACCCCCAAACUCAGAAUCUUCACCAGGGGCGUGCAGCCUGUUCGUAAGCAUUCAACUCUCAUACAAGCACAAUUAAAUGAGUCAUCCAUUUCAUUGAAGGAUACUAUGGAUGGAAGUGCUAAAUCAUUGAGUGAUGAAUCUUCUAAACCUUUGGCAACGGAAGAAUCAAUCUCUGAGUUCAUAACUCAAGUUUCAAGCCUUAUCAAGCUUGUUGAUUCAAGAGAUAUUGUCGAGUUACAAUUGAAACAGCUCGACUGUGAAGUGACAAUACGUAAAAAAGAGGCCUUACCUCAAGCACCACCUCCUGCUGCUGUUCCUAUGAUGUAUGCGGCCCCGCUCCCACCCCCGCCCUUGCCCUCGGUAGCACCACCAGCUCCUGCCCCUGUGCCUGGUCCUGCUGCACUACCAGCACCUGCUUCUCCAGUUUCAAGCUCACCAUCUUCACCUCCUGCUGCCAAGUCAACCAGUUCAUCUCUUCCACCUCUCAAAUGCCCUAUGGCGGGCAUGUUCUACCGUAGUCCCGGGCCUGGAGAACCGCCAUUUGUUAAGGUUGGAGAUAAAGUACAGAAGGGACAAAUCUUAUGCAUCAUUGAGGCUAUGAAAUUAAUGAACGAAAUUGAAGCCGAUCAAUCAGGGACCAUAGUCGAGGUUAUUGCAGAGGAUGGGAAGCCCGUUAGUGUCGACACGCCUUUGUUUCGCAUUCAACCUUAGAUGAAUCUUGUUUCGUUUAACACAAGUCGAGUUAAGCUGAGUUUGGGAGGCAAAUUGAGUUUCCAAGCAAGUUCAGGUUGUGGAUUAGUUAUGGUAAUGUCUUCUUUUCUUCUUUAAUUGAGUGUAAUCAGAGAGAGAUUGUGUUCAUAAAUGACAAUUCCUUUUCCAGUUUAACUUUGGUUGUGAAAUCAGAUAUAUAUAUAUAUAUAUUUAACCCUUUGCU